AUGGCUUCACUCGUUACCGGCCGUCGGUCGCACCGGAAAUCGAAGGCGGGCUGUUUGCAAUGCAAAAAGAGGAAGAUCAAGUGCGAUGAAGACAAGCCAAUUUGCCGCAAUUGCAAAGUCCACGGUGUGACAUGCUCUCUUGCGAGCGCAUCAACGUACACUCAACAUGGGCACGGAGUCAAUUCUCAGAGAUCAUCGGCUUCAGCGCCUGGACCCGAAUGCGCCAGCCCUGCCUCAGAGGCUACCUCAUUACAACCCACGUCCAGCCAGAGCUCUCUGGCAACGUUUCAGGCGGAUCUUGCUGUGUUCGACCUGGAGCUCUUACACCACUAUAUGACUGCAACUUGCUACACUUUGUCUCGAGCUCCAGCUGCACAGGCCGUCUGGAGAGACCAGGUUCCUCGCAUCGCAUUUACCAUGCCAGCUGUGCUGCAUACGCUGUUAGCCAUUUCAGCACUGCAUCUGGCACGCUCAGAUCAGUCUAAACGAGCAAGCUGUAUCGCGCACGCGCAGAUGCAUCACAACGCCGCCAUCCAUGCGAUGGUGCCAAUUGUAACCUCUCUGGCACCGGAGAAUAGUCCUGGGAUGUUCUUGUUUGCCUCUUUGACAUGUAUUUUCGCUUGUGCCAGACCACCAGAGGGAACCGAUUUCCUCGUUUUGUUUGAACACGGCCAACUCUCCCAGUGGGUUCGGUUAUUUAGGGGGACCAAAGCAAUCAUUGAUUAUGGUGAUAGCGAAUUUCAUACAGGGGUUUUGGCUCCAAUCUUCGCAAAUGGGUCUAAUUUAGCUGCUCGUCGUCGACAGGCGCACGCCCUAGAGCAGGGCCAGAUGUACAUAUGGGAGUUGAGGAAGAUGGUCUGCACGAAAUGUUCUCCGGACAAAUCAUUACUCCAAAUCUACCAGGAAGCUUUAGAUGGGCUCUGCCGGACACUAGCGGUGGCCAUGAAGCCAGGGGAUGAACGGCGGCUGGAGACAGCUGACGUUUUCGCCUGGCUCCUUGAAGUUUCAUCUGAAUACCUGGAACUGCUGCGACAGGAGGAACCCAUUGCCCUUGUUAUUUUUGCUUAUUUCUGCGUAUCUGUCCGACAGAUUGAGUGGAUGUGGUGGAUGGAAGGCCUCAGUGGGCGACUCCUGAAGGAGUUGCAUUCGGCUCUGGACGAGGAGUAUCGGAGCUGGCUUCAGUGGCCACAAGAACAGAUUGCCUGGUCUCCUGAUGGUGAUUUUCGCAUGUAG